AUGGCUCUAACACUGUCCAGCUCUGAUCUAGGAGACAAAAGCUGGCACGAAAUCUUCGAAGCCAUAUUCAGGUUUGUCAUUGACGACAAAGCAUCCUUCUAUGGGGCCAAGAAGCCAACCGCGAAAUCAACCUCCAAGACCAAGGCGAAACAACAGCCACAAUCCAAGGCAAAGCAAAAAGAUCCUGCUGUUUUGGUGCGGUGGUCGAAAUGCGCAGCCGCAGUCAGGCUGGCGGCCAUUCGGGGAGCCUCCAAGAUAGGACGGAAGACGGUGCUUGCCAUUGUGGACCACAUCACCCAAGUCUUGCGUGGCCCUGAUGACAACUUCAUAGAGCCGUUAUUGCGGGAUUAUGUCAAAACCUUGACGGAGAUUGUGUCCCGCCAGGCUCAUGCUGAGGUCUUGGCCAGGAAGAAUGCCGAACCGUGGCAGGUUUGCGUCAACUUCUUUCUCGAUGUUGCUUACCAUGUUCUCCCCAGCGAAGAAGAUACAGCUACGUUGCCUCACCUCACGAGAGCGUCUCCUGCGCCGACUGCCUCUUCUUCCCGAUCCCUGCCCAGGUCAAACUCGUCUCUGCAAGCACAGCUCCAUAACGGACGGAGUGAUGGUGGGCCUCUGAAGGAUGCGCUUGAAGGACUAUAUCACUUGGUAUCAGCAGCAAAUGCCCCUCUCCUCCGGGGAACAAAGGACAUUACCGAUCUCGCUCUCAGGAUCCUUGGUACGAGGCAUCUCAACCUGGGGUCCACGCAGACGCUGUGCUUUUCCAUUAUUAAUGUCGUCUUUCGAGCUACCGAAGCAGACAGCUUGGGCGAUGCAGUCGCCUUGGCCAAAGCUACACUACCACAUAUGGGAUACUGGUGGCGCGCUGAAAAGGUCUCUCAGGAUGAACUCAUCAAGGCUCUGAGGAACGAGAUUUCAAGGAGCAUAUUUCUCAUGCAUCUGCAUCUGGAGCAUCUCGCAAUCAAUCUUUGGGACGUCAACGUACGCGAAGACUUGGGAAAUCUCGUUGAGCCUCUAUGGCACGAGUACUCUAAGAGAAGCGAGGCAUUCCGCCUGCAACUCACUGACCUGACCUUGACCUCGUCAGCUUCGCAUGGGCACGUCAUGCAGCUUGGCUUGUUUGGACUCCGCCCUCACAAUGCCGAAGGGGAGGGCCACUGGGCCGUCCUUCAAAACCUUGCUUUUUUGGAGGCCGUGCUGUUGCGUCCUAGAAACGAGACCGCGGAUACGGAUGCUGAGAAUGGUGAGCAACCAAGGAAAAGGCGCCGGAUUCACCAAGAUCCGAACCCCAUCAGGGUCAAGCUCAAAUCGAAACACGAGGGAACUGUCCGGACUGCAUUGCAACUGGUGCCGUUCAUGCUCGCAACCAGUACACUGAGCCAUGGUGAGGUCGGUGAACUUCUAGCGGACCUUGUCAGCUUUGCUGGAGACAACGACGCAAUCACAGCGUCUUGGGCCCUGAUUGCCUGCUCUAGAUAUAAAUGGGCCUGGCACCUUGUGCGAUACGUCCCUCGCGUUCAUGCUGCCCAGCACCAGUCAGAGCACAUCAAGCCACAUCAUAAGAUGGGUCUUCUCGCGGUGGAAUCCGAUCCCAUUGACCUCGUCAACAUUUUGCGACUAUGCUUCGGAGCCCGCCCACUUCCUUCGACCCGUCAUGACACUGCAUUUGGCGGUUCCUUGAGCGAGUCGUGGAUAUCGCAGAGAGAAAUUGGAGAUUUCAACGAGUAUCUUCUUCUGCUAGGACGUGAGACCAGUGCUAUCAUACCCAACGAGUGCUGCUUUUCGUCAGCUAAAGAAGCCCCUCCUCUCGCGGCAGAUGCGGCAAGCUUUCACACUCUGAAGAAGCUCGUUUUAGAGCUGCUCUAUCCCAGACUCGAAGAGCUGAAAGAAGUGUGUAUGUCGUGGACCAAGAAAGCCAACAAUGGGGGGACCCAGAUCACGUUUGAUCGCUUUCAAAGCCUCAUGUCUGCAUGCAUUGCGGGAGCAUUGCUGGUACCUUAUCUGGGCGAUCUGAACUCGUCUCAAUCUGCUUCCCUAGAAGCGCUUCUGUUGGAACUGGCUGAGGAUGGCUUCUCAGCCGCCUUGGAUUCCGUCGAGCCUGCAGCGUUCGUCGACUUGACAUUGAAAGAGCUGCGGACUUGCAUACCUGACAUCAGCACGACGACUCUGAGCCGAAUGUAUGCAGAGAAUUCUGCUAUUCUCAGUCUUCUCUCCAAGCUCUCCGAACGCAUAGAGCAGCGGCAGUCAAGUCAGCGCUCAGGUGGCCAAGCAGACACUAUGGAUAUCGACGACGACUUCGACUCCUACAGCAGCCAAGCUAUGUUUACUUCCAGCGUCAACUUCCUUCUCCCGAGACAAAAUGUGCAACUCUGCUCAAAUCCUCAAGUAUUCCACAUCGAUACGAGGUUACGGUUGGUGCUUCUGACACUCAUUCAUCACGACAAAAGCCAGCUUGGUCUAUUGCCAACUUCCUAUGUCCAUCAUCUCUUAGCACUGCCCGAUGACGAGCUGCUCGCAUGCCAAAGUCUCCUAAUGGAGAUUGUCCGAUCAGAUCUUCUUGUGGACGGAGAAGCAGCUUUGGCUAUCGUCGAGAGACUCGGAAAGAUAGUCGGCACCCCGGAAUAUCAGUACUGUGAAAUUGCCCAAACCACUUGCAUCGAGGUGGUUGACGGCUUGAGCAACAUCUGGCUUCAAGAUGAACGAAGCCUGGCGGAUAUGGUGGGCGACUUGUAUGAUCAUUUCGUAAAGAUGUCACUCGCCCGCUUGCUAUUCACUUUGUUGAGGGUCAGUCCCAGAUACGGAAGUGAGCUCGGGCUUGAUUCAUGCCGAACCUCGCUGCUCUUAAUCCUCAAGAACGCGCCAAUGAAGGUCAAAUGCUUCAUCGCGGAGAGAGUGGCUGAUAUCUUCGAGCUCUUCAUCCUGAUGCUGCACGAUGAGGUUUUCCUGGAUGUUCUGGAUAGCCUCCCGACUGAUCGGGACAACCAAGCAGGCAUUGCCUUUCGCCUGCUGGUGUUGGCCAAGAUUGCUUGCAGCUGGCCUACUCUCCUCAGGAGGUGCACCUAUCACAUUUUUGAGAUACCAGGCACGAUUCCUGAAACAUCCGACUACGCAAAGAGAUGUUUAGCGGACAUUGCUGUUGUUCUCGAUCUCAAGAGUCCAGCAGAGAUCUUUCAGUUAUUCUCUCGCCAGCUUCUAUAUACCUGGCUCGAAAGCAACACAGUGGAAAGCAUUCCGUAUGCCAUCUUCGGAUACGCCCGCCUCGGGGAUCUGCUGAAGUCUGCACAGGCCGAGGCCAUCGGCCUUGCAACAAUGCGAGGGCAGGACUCUGCGAGUGCAGACAUUGCUCGCCUGAUUGGCAUCUCGGAGUCGCAGCUUAUCCAGCAAAACUUUUCAACCGCGCUAUCAUAUAGUCUCCUAUACGCAGCCGCAUUAGGAGGUCAAGCAAAGGCAAGAGGGGAAGAGCGCAUCAGAAGCAAGCUGGGCCCCAAGCCAUAUAUCGAGUCGGUAUAUAUUCAUUUCGUCGACAUCGUUGCCCUCUUCUUCGAUCUUAUCGAUCAAGAAGACUCUAUUGACAUGCUCUUUAUGAAAAAUCCGCACUUCCAAUACGCAGGCGAAAACCUACAAGCUAUCAAGGCUAUUGCCCACUCACCAGUUACUCUUCCGCCGAAUCAGCAGCCCGAGUUCAAAGCAAAGCAUGUCUUCAAAGAACUUGUGCGCCUUUGCCAGGGCACCGAGUUCCAGUUUCACGAACUUUGGACACCAGCGGUAGUCGUUUCCAUCGCUCGGAAGCUGUUCAACACAGUACAUCCGGCCCUCGGCUCUCUUCACGCCUGUUCCGUCCUUCGCAAGGUAAGGAUAUUGAUCUGCUUGGCCGGACAGGUUGCCUUGGAAUCAUACUGCUUGGAAAUGCUAUUGAGCUCUGUUCGGAGCUUCCUUGUGGACUCCGAAUGCGCUGACGAUGCGCUCGGGCUAAGCCAAUACCUGCUAUCGCGAGGGAAAGCAUACUUGGCCCAGGUCCCAUCGUUCCUCGCCGGCUACUCUCUUUCGGCAUUGGCGUCAUUGAGGGUUUUCCUCGAGUCCAGUCAGUCGAGUACCACUCAAGAGAGCCAGUUCAAGGCUACCAUGAGCAAGGCGCAAAAGUUCCACGAAUGGUUCAGCCGGUAUCUGUCAGAAUACACUUCCCCCAGGUUUGAAAGCCAGGAGCAGAAUGACUUGUUCAAAUCCAUCACUACGUCGGCAGCUCAUAUAAGGUCUUCCGGCAAUGCGGAGAAGAAUACCUCGGAAAGUAAGCUGCUGCUCGAUAUCCUGAACGACGAGAUAGCAGUAAGGCAGCUUCUCAACGAGUCUUCACGCCAGCUGGCCCUCGGCCUUCUCUGCGGCGAUUUCACGAUCCCGUCACACAGCAGAAACGAUGUUGUGGAAAGCGACGAGCAUGCCGUCGCGCAUGUCUCAGCGGUAUGGAAGAGCUGUGGAGCUCAGAAUCUCAGCGACAAUUAUCUGUCUUGGGCAGGACGAGUCGUCGGCCGUUCGUUUCUGGCCUCUGGUACCAUCCCCGAAGAUAUCAUGCGGGAAUCGCGUCUCGAGCAGUAUGAAAAGAUUGCUCCAGGGCCGCAUGGGUCUGAAAUGGGACUCCUCAAUCUCCUCCAGGGCCUUACGAUGAAUCCCGAUUCCGUCACAGCUGGAUUAGCUGAAGCGGCGUUGCGAACUGCAAUAUCGCGAGCUGUUGUAGAAGACGACGCACCACUCGUCACGGCCGGCCAGCAAAGCCUGUCCGAGUCGCUCUUCGAUGCAUCUCAAUGGGGCUCCUAUCGCACUCCGCCUUCGGAAACUGCGCCUACUGGGCUGCCAGAGGAUGAACAAUUCUCGUGGGCUGAAGAUGUCACCUCACAGAGCUGGCUGCCUCGGCUGAGCGCAUUCCUUGCUCAGUCGCAGCAGCAGGUUAUCAAGAAGUCCUUGUCCGGAGCUAUGAAGGAGUGGCUCGCUUCAACCGACCAAACGGCCAAGGAGAACAUCAAACUCCUGAUCAAUUCGGUCCUUUACCUUAGAACCCAAGAGUACCCCAAAGAGACGUCAAUCGUAGAUCGGCUGCAUUGGCUGGAUAUCGACUACACCAUGGCGGCGUCGUCCGCAACUCAUUGCGGCAUGCACAAGACGGCUCUGCUCUUUGCUGAAAUUGCCGCUUCUGAGGCAACCCGUGCAUCUCGUAGAUCGUCCGCGAUAAAAGAAGCGGACCUGAACGAGACCCUCUUGGCAAUCUUUGAGAACAUUGACGAUCCAGACGCAUACUAUGGCUUACCCGAGGAGGCAAACCUAUCAAAUAUCCUGUCUCGCUUGGAAUACGAACAGGAAGGGACAAAGAAUCUCGCAUUCCGAGGCGCUCAGUACGACAGCCACAUCCGUCUACGGCAGAAUACAUCAGACUCGGACGCCCAUGCUUUGGUCAAGGCCCUGGGCGCCCUUGGGUUUGCCGGGCUGUCACAUUCUCUGAUGCAGACCCAGCAGAAUCUUGGCUCGACUCCGUCUUCCAUUGAAAGCACGUAUCAUACCGCCAGGAGACUCGAGAUCUGGAACCUUCCCGUGCCAGCCACAAGCGAUCAUUUCGCUGUUGUGGCAUAUAAAGCGUACCAGACCAUGCAUCAGGCUACGAAUCUCUCGGCCAUCAGGACAGCUAUAUACGAUGGCUUUGCUCGCACGAUGAAGAACCUGGUCGGCAACAACCGCAACGCAAUGGCGCUCAGAAGUCGACUGGGAGCUUUGGCGGCGCUCUCUGAGCUGGACGAGAUUUUGAGCAUUGUGGACGCGACAGAGCUGGAAGGCUUGAUGAGUCGGUUCCAGGAACGCAGUCAAUGGAUGAAGAGUGGACUAUAUGACGACGUCAGCCAGAUUUUGUCGUGCCGGGGGACGGCAAUGAGCAUUGCCUCCCUAUCUGUGGCGGGGAUACGGCAGACGGAGAUCAAAUCAAUGCUCUUGGCAUCCGGCAUAUAUCGUUACCACCAGGCUACGCAAGAAUCGCUAAACAUUUCGACGGCUCUGAGUGACCUCAUCAAGCCAUGCGAAGACUUGGGUGUUCACGUCGAUGCCGCCAUCAAGAUCGAGGUCGCAAAUUCCUUAUGGGAUCACGGAGAGAUGAGCUCGUCGAUUAAGAUGCUUCAGGGCAUUGACAAUGGCACGGCUCUCAAGAGACAGACAAUACCGGUGAGCCGGUCCGAUCUUCUGUCCAAGAUUGGCCACAGGAUGUCUGUCGCGCGUCUGGAGAAGCCCCGAGACAUACAGAAGAAGUAUCUGGAGCCGGCACUCAAAGAGCUCAGGGGCGGCGUCGAAGCAAAGGAGGCAGGCUUGGUGUUCCACCAAUUUGCCGUCUUCUGCGACGAGCAGCUCCAGGAUCCAGACAGCUUGGAGGAUCUCAAGCGUUUGCAGAACUUGAAAAAGGGCAAGAAUGACGAAGUCGAGGAGCUCAAGUCGCUCAUCUCGUCAACCAGAGACUCGCAGCUCAAGGCCAAAUACUCGCAUGUUCUCGCGAAAGAAAAGCAGUGGCUCGAUCUCGACGAGCAAGAGCUACGGCGUGUCGAAAUGACUCGCAGCGAGUUUGUUCGUCUGAGUCUCGAAAACUAUCUGCUGUCCCUGGCGUCUUCAGACGAGCAUAACAACGACGCCUUGCGAUUCACAGCGCUGUGGCUCGAGAGGUCGGACGACGACGCGACGAACAAUGCAGUGACGCGGCAUCUCUCGAAAGUGCCCACGGCCAAGUUUGCAGGCCUCAUGAGCCAGCUGACCUCGCGACUGCAGAACCAAGAUACGCCGUUCCAGGAGCUGCUCUCGAAUCUUGUGUACAACAUCUGCGUGGAUCAUCCUUACCACGGCAUGUAUCACAUCUGGUCUGGCACCAAGGCGAGAGUGCAGCAAAAGGACGAGGUUGCCGUCCUUCGAGUCAGGGCCAACGACAAGAUCGCGCAGAAGCUUGCGAGCACCGACGCCGUUGCCGACAUAUGGGUCGCCAUUGAGAAAACGAGCAAACACUAUCAUCUCCUCGCUUCGGAGAGGGACCAGGCAAAGUACAAGUCGGGCGCAAAGGUUGCCCUGAAAGACUCCCCGGCGGCCAGGAACCUGAUGCACCAACUGGCCAAGUUCCGCAUACCGCCCCCGACGAUGCAUAUCGAAGUCAGCGCCAACAAGGACUACUCGGGAGUUCCGUUGAUCUCGAGGCUCGAACCGACCAUGAGCAUUGCCUCGGGCGUCAGCGCGCCCAAAAUCAUCACGGCGAUUGGGACAGACGGCGCAAAGUACAAGCAGCUGGUCAAGGGUGGCCAAGACGACCUCCGUCAAGACGCCAUCAUGGAGCAAGUCUUUGCAGCGGUUUCCUCUCUCCUGAAGCUUCACAGGGCUACUCGGCAGAGGAACCUGGGCAUUCGAACAUACAAGGUGCUUCCCCUGACAGCUUCGUCUGGACUGAUUGAGUUCGUCCGCGACACAAUCCCUCUGCAUGAAUUUCUCAUGCCAGCACAUGAACGGUACCACCCUCGCGAUCUCAAGGGAACGCAGUGCCGGAAGGAGAUAUUCAGCGUCCAAAACAGGCCGGUGGAUCAGCGCAUCAGCACAUACCGAAAGGUCACGGAGCGGUUCCAGCCCGUCAUGCGGUACUUUUUCAUGGAGUACUUCGUCGACCCCGACGAGUGGUUCGUGAAGCGGCUCGCAUACACGCGAAGCACCGCGGCCAUAUCGAUGCUCGGCCACGUCCUCGGCCUGGGCGACCGCCACGGACACAACAUCCUCCUGGACACCAAGACGGGCGAGGUCGUCCACAUUGAUCUCGGAAUCGCCUUUGAGACGGGCAGGAUCCUGCCCGUGCCGGAACUCGUGCCGUUCCGCCUGACCAGAGACAUCGUCGACGGCAUGGGCAUCACCAAGACGGAGGGCGUGUUCCGCCGCUGCUGCGAGAUGACGCUCGACGCCCUCCGCGAGGAACAGUACUCCAUCAUGACCAUCCUCGACGUCCUGCGGUACGAUCCCCUCUACAGCUGGUCCGUCUCCCCCGUGCGCCUGGCCAAGCUCCAAAAGGCGCGCCAGGACGACGACGCAGCCAUGGACGACGCGGCGGACCAGGCCGACGUGGACACCAAGAAGGGCAAGAAGGCCGGCGGUGGUGGUCACCUGAACGAGCCGUCGGAGGGAGACCGCGCGCUCGAGGUGGUGCGGAAGAAGCUGUCCAAGACGUUGAGCGUGACGGCGACGGUGAAUGAUUUGAUCAACCAGGCUACGGACGAGCGGAAUCUUGCAGUGUUGUAUUCUGGGUGGGCGGCAUAUGCAUGAAGAACAU